AAAGUGUUUUGCUCGCUCAAGUGCGCGGUACUACCUUACAAAAUAUCAAAUUAUUUUUUGUUAUUAAAAAAUAAUUUUUCUUCAAAAUGAGAAUCCUGGCAGAGCACAAUGUCCACCUUCUGGAUCCUUCGGAGCUGUUGCGCCCUGAGCCCACAUUUGCUGACAAGAAUCCUUCCAAGUUCCGCGACUACAGUGUGGAUACCACAGAUCCUUUGAAGGAACGAGUGCGUCAAACAUACCGCCAAAUGCAUUUGAACCAAACCGUGGACUUCGUCAAGGGGCGCCGCGAUCGCUGGCUGAAGUUCGACACGAUGAAGAUGACGGUUCGCGAGGCCCUGGAGAAGCUGAACGACCUGGUGGAUGAGUCCGAUCCGGAUUUGGAUCUGCCCAACAUAAUCCACGCCUUCCAGGCCGCCGAGCGUGCACGUGCCGAGUUCCCGGAGCACGACUGGCUGCACCUGACGGCCCUCAUCCACGAUCUGGGCAAGAUCAUGGCCUUCUACGACGAGCCCCAGUGGGCGGUGGUCGGAGAUACCUUCGCCGUGGGUUGUCGGUGGGGCGACAGCAUCGUUUACCGGGAGGAGAGCUUCGAGGGCAAUCCCGAUGGGGAUAAUCCCGCCUACAACACCGAACUGGGCAUCUACCAGCCCAACUGUGGUGUGGACAACCUGCUGAUGUCCUGGGGACACGAUGAGUACAUGUUCAAUGUGCUGAAGCACAAUAAGACUAAGUUGCCCCAUGUGGCCUGCAACAUCAUUCGCUUCCACUCGUUCUAUCCGUGGCACAAUGGUGGGGACUACAAGCACCUGGAGGCUCCCGAAGACGAGGAGACCAAGAAGUGGGUCCUAAUCUUCAAUCGCUACGAUUUGUACACCAAGAGCGAAGUGGUUCCGGAUAUUGAGGCUUUGUGGCCUUAUUACCAGACUUUGAUUGACAAAUAUUUGCCAGGAGUCUUGGAGUUCUAAAUUAAUAACAAUGAUGUCUUUUUAAAAAAAAUCCUAUAAUAAUUUACCGGAAACCGUUCAUUUACCAAACGAUUUCCUUUUAUUCUUAGAUAACAAAUAUACUUGUAAUCCUAUAUAAGACUUGUUUAUAUAUUAUAUAUAUGAUUGUGUUAAAAAAUUUCGCUAAUAUAUUUCGCCUACUUCAUAAAGAAGAAUCAUAGGCAUUAGCUAUUUUGGAUGCAUACUACA